AUGGACGACAUCGAGGACAUGAUCGGCGAGGAGGAGCUGGACCGUGCGGCCGUGGGCUCCGUGCGCACGCCCAUGGUGGCACCGAAGGCGCACUUCCAGGAUACCGUCCAGUCGACAUCCAGCAGCACAGCCAGCAGCAGCUCCGACAUUGACUCCAAAGAACCCAGUGUGCCUGGCACGCAACUCAUCUGGAUAAAAACGUACGGCUGCUCGCACAACGUGAGUGACUCGGAGUACAUGCAAGGCGUGCUGGCCAGCUACGGCUACCGCUUCACACAGGACCCAGACGCGGCGCAGCUCUGGCUGCUCAACAGCUGCACUGUCAAAGACCCAUCCCAGGCUGCCUUCAUGCACCUGGCCGUCAAGGGCCGCAAGCAGAACAAGGCCGUAGUUGUGGCCGGCUGUGUGCCGCAGGCUGAUCGCCACCUUAAGGGCCUUGAGGAAGUCAGUAUCGUAGGCAUUCAACAAGUGGACCGAGUCGUGGAGGUCGUGGAGGAGACACUUAAGGGCCAUACCGUGCGUCUACUGGCCAAAAACCGUCUGCCGGAGCUCGAUCUGCCCAAGAUCCGUAAGAAUCCCAUGGUGGAGAUCAUCCCGCUGAGCACAGGCUGUCUCGGAGCGUGCACGUACUGCAAGACGCGUCAUGCACGCGGCAAACUGGGAAGUUACACGCCGGAAGCCAUCGUUUCGAGAGCACAGACGGUGAUCAAUGAAGGCGUGACGGAGAUCUGGCUGUCCAGUGAAGACACUGGCGCAUACGGCAUUGACAUUGGCACCGAUCUGCCCACCUUGAUGCGUAAAUUGCUGGAAGUUGUGCCCGAUGGCAUCAUGCUCCGUGUAGGUAUGACGAACCCUCCGUACAUCCUGGAUCACUUGGACGCUAUCGCUGAAGUGCUCAACCACGAACGAGUGUACUCGUUUCUACACGUACCUGUCCAGUCUGGCAGUGACGACGUGUUGCUGGCAAUGAACCGCGAGUACACGGCUGGCGAAUUCCGUCGUGUGGCUGAUGAGUUGCUCGCUAAAGUGCCGGAUCUUACACUUGCCACUGACAUCAUCUGUGGCUUCCCAACCGAAACCGAGGAACAUUUUGACGAGACGAUGGAGCUGGUGGAUAAGUAUCGUUUCCACAUUAUGAAUAUUUCCCAGUUCUACCCUCGUCCGGGAACUCCUGCAGCCAAGAUGAAGCGUGUCUCCACUCAAAUAGUCAAGAACCGCAGCCGCAAACUCACAAAGCUAUUCGAGACAUUCGAGCCGUACACGCGUCUUGUGGAUACGACACUGAAAGUCUGGGUGAACACGGAAGUCUCGGAUGACAAGAAGUACACGGUGGCACACACCAAGAACUAUACCAAGGUGCUUCUCCCUCGUGAUGACUCCCUCAUCGGGUGCACGGCGGAGGUGCGCGUGCUCACAGCGGCGAGAUUCCACGCUACAGGUGAGGUCAUCUCGCGCUCGCAGCCUUGUACUGUGGCCGCUGCUGCCAUUCGCGAGCAGAUCUGCACUGAAGGGGAGCUGUCAGCUGCUGACCGAGCCAAGGCUUUGUCAAAGGCAAAGGCAGCUGCAUCGCACGACCAUGAUGACGAUCAUCAUGGUGAAGGAGGGUGUUGUGGUGGCAGUGGCUCGUGCUGCUCGUCUGGUGGUGAAGGAAAGGGCUGUGGAGGCAAGUGCGGCACAAAGAAGAAGAAGAAAAUGGCCGCCUCACGGAAGAAGAAACACGCUGCGGCUGAGGAAAAUGGCAUGAUCUCAACUAUCACGAGUACGAUGGCGGCCAAGUGGAACGAAGUGAGCGACGAUAAGGUGACGCUCGUAGCACUCACCACCCUCGUGGUGUCGGCAUCUUUCGUCGCCGCUCGCUUGCUCACACGCAAGUGA